UUUUCGACUCGUGACAAUAUUAAAGUUGAUCGUUGUCAUGGAUUCACUUCCGUUUGAACACUGCUAUUCCUUAUCAUCAACAUGAAGGCAUCGGUGGCAGAAUCUCCGGUUGUACUUUUCAGUCUGGUUUUAUUUCUUGUCUCUGAUGUCGUGGCCGGGAUUUGGGGUGAGAAGUGUGGGACAAAGAAUUGUUUCUAUGGUUAUCAUUGCUGCAGCGAUUCCACAGGAUACUGUUGUCCCGAUGGUUUCAUCUGCAGUGGCGCCAUCUGCAUCAACUUAGCAGUCAUCAUCGCUCCCAUUGUCAUCGGCGUGAUCGUUAUUGUGGUCAUUGUUAUCAUUGUCAUCGCCUGCAAAAAGAAAAGAGCCCAGGGCGUCGUGAUUGCUCCUGCAGCCGGCACGACUGUUGCAUACAAUGUCCAUCAGCAGACGACACAGUAUGGACAGAUGCCGACACAAUAUGGACAACCUCAACCGGCAAACUACCCGUAUGGAUAUCCUGCACAACAGGGUUACUCCAGUAACCCCCUACCCCAAGAUCCGCCCAUCUAUCCCGGGCAACCUCAGUCCUCAUCCGGUCCAGCUUACCCUCCCGCACCUGCAACUACUGAAUAUAAACAAUGAAAUCGAUCAGUGCUAAAUGGACCAAUCAACAUUCGCGGAUCCAUAAGAAUAUUUUCGCUGUACAGUAACACUGUUGAAAUUCAAGUUAAUGAUUUUUAAAUGCACUUAGAUAUUUUACAUAGUUGAACUUUGUAUAUUCACUUUUAUUUUAAAAUUUUACACUAAUAUGACAGAGUGCAAUUGCGCUUUCACCCCCAAAUACAUCAUUUUGUGAAAAGAAGUUUUGUUGCAAUAUGGAUGGAUUAAUCCCCGUAUGAUAAAACAUCAGAAAACGUUUGUCACUAGGAUGGAGGCCAAACAAGGAAAUUGAUUUUAAAAAGUCGAUUUAUUUUUUUCAAACCGAUUUUAUUAGAUAGUAUGCUCAUGUUACUUGUUGCUGAUUAAAUAUUUUCCAUAUUUUACGGCUGCCUCCCGACAUAACGCUAAUAAUUAGGAUGUUAGUUGUCUUGUACGUUGAUACAGUUAUUACUAUGUAUAUAUUUUUAAAAUAAAGUAUAUUGUUAUUUCAUUUAA